CUGCCCAUGCCCAGUGGCCACUGGACUCCUUGUCCCUGCACCUUGACAACAGCCCACGCAGGAAGCAACUCCGACGCGGACUGAGUCUCCCCACACCCAGCCCAUCCAGCCUGCCAAGCCCAGCGCAAGUGCAGGCCCCGCUUGGUCAGCUCUCCCCACUCCCACGUGCCCCAAACCGGCCUCUGGGUCCAGCAGGGCCGAGGCCACCACCGGCCUGCGGAUCGGCCUCUUGGCGCACGGCCAAGCAGGGAUCCCCGCAGGCCCGAGGUCCCAGUUUGCUCCCAGUGGACGCGGGCAGCCGAGGUCAGGGCGGGGCGCGGGAGCCCAGGCCUCACCCCGCCUGGCAUCACGUGGGCGCCACCGGAGGCGGAACUGGGCUGCGGCCGAGACCCGCGGCACGCGCCGGGCCAUCCGACCCCCCACUGCCACACGACCAAGCUGACCAGUAUGACCUCAGCUGGGACCAGCAGCUCAACCUCGCCUAUGUGGGCGCCGUUCCCCACGGUGGCAUCCAACAGGUUCGGACACACUGGCUGCUGGACCUCAUCACAGCCAGGGAGGCCACCGGGCAGGGCCUAAGGUACAAUUUCACCCACCUGGACGCCUAUCUGGACCUCCUCAAGGAGAACCAGCUCCUCCCUGGGUUCGAGCUGAUGGGCAGCCCCUCUGGACACUUCACGGACUUCGAAGACAAGCAGCAGGUGUUUGAGUGGAAGGACCUGGUCUCCACCCUGGCCCGGGGAUACAUCGGCAGGUACGGACUGGCGCAGGUCUCCAAGUGGAACUUUGAGACGUGGAACGAGCCGGACCACCAUGACUUUGACAACGUGUCCAUGACCCAGCAAGGCUUUCUUAAUUACUACGAUGCCUGCUCUGAGGGUCUCCGUGCUGUCAGCCCCAAGCUGCGGCUGGGUGGCCCUGGCGACUCCUUCCAUGAGCCUCCAAGGUCCCCACUCAGUUGGGGCCUCCUGCGGCACUGUGCCCGUGGCACCAACUUCUUCACUGGCGAGCGGGGUGUGCGGCUGGACUUCAUCUCCCUGCACAGGAAGGGCGCAGGCAGCUCGAUCGCCAUCUUGGAGCAGGAAGCCGUGGUUCUAGGCCAGAUCCAGAGGCUGUUCCCCGAGUUCAAGGACACCCCCAUUUACAAUGAUGAGGGGGACCCGCUGGUGGGCUGGUCGCUGCCGCAGCCCUGGAGGGCAGACGUGACCUAUGCGGCUUUGGUGGUGAAGGUCAUUGUCCAGCACCAGAACCUUCUGGUUGUCAACGCCAGCGCUUCGGCCUACAGGCUCCUGAGCAACGACAACGCCUUUCUGAGCUACCACCCACACCCGUUCUCGCAGCGCACGCUGACCGCGCGCUUCCAGGUCAACAACACCCGGCCGCCGCACGUGCAGCUGCUGCGCAAGCCCGUGCUCACAGCCAUGGGUCUGCUGGCCCUGCUGGACGGAGAACAGCUGUGGGCAGAGGUAUCGCGGGCCGGCGCGGUGCUGGACAGCAACCAUACGGUGGGUGUCCUGGCCAGCGCCCACCGUCCCCAGGGCCCCCGCGACGCCUGGCGCGCCACGGUGCUGGUCUACGCGAGCGACGACACCCGCGCGCACCCGGGCCGCAGCGUGCCGGUGACUGUGCGCCUGCUCGGGGUCCCCGCGGGCCCGGGGCUCGUCUACACCAUGCGCUAUCUGGACAACCGGCUCUGCAGCCCCCAGCGCGAGUGGCGGCGCGCGGGCAGCCCCGCCUUCCCCUCGGCGGCUGAGUUCCGGCGCAUGCGCGCCGCGGAGGACCCGGUGGCCUCUGCGCCGAGACCCUUCCCCGCCAGCGGCCGCCUGACGCUGCGCCCUGAGCUCGCGCUGCCCUCGCUGCUGCUGGUGCACGUGUGCGCGCGGCCCUCGGGGCCGCCGGGCCAGGUGACCCGGCUCCGUGUGCUGCCCCUGACCCGAGGGCAGCUGGUUCUGGUCUGGUCUGAUGAGCGAGUAGGCACCAAGUGCCUGUGGACUUACGAGGUCCAGUUCUCCCUGGACGGCAAGGUGUACACCUCGGUCAGCAGAAAGCCGUCCACCUUCAACCUCUUCGUGUUCAGCCCAGACCCCGCUGUCGUCUCUGGCUCCUACCGAGUUCGAGCACUGGACUACUGGGCCCGGCCAGGCCCCUUCUCUGACCCCGUGCCAUACCUGGAGGUCCCUGCUUCCUGAGGGCCACCUGGCCUCCAGGCUGACCAGUCAGCAGCCAAGUUGGGCCGCUGACCACCGGCCAGUCAGUUGUUGGCUUCUUCUGUGCCUCUAAAGUGCCUUGCUGCCCAUCA